GCAAGUUGAUGGAAACAGGAGGAUGUUGUUUGGCGAGCGCCCCGACUGUACGCUUUAAGACGCCGAUGGCCUCGAGGGCUUGUUUUGCGUCAACAUGUGCCAGUUACCCAACCGAAGUCGGAGGUUUGGAGCUCGCGGCUUCGCUUCCUCGGCGCUCCGCGCGCGCCUCCUUCAACGCCGCGCGAGAAUGUGUAUUUACGGUGGCUAUUGCCGCCCAUAUGCAAAAAGUACAUUCAGUCCCGUACUUGGGCUGCCAAACACCAACAAGCAGAGUGGACGCCGCGGAGGGAAGAGAGAGGCUCGCACCGCGGCGCCCGUUGUUCCCAAGCGAGUUUUUUUUUUUUUUUUAUCGGCGACGAAACGACGUCGUGCGUCUCGUUUGGCUUUAAAUCGUUUUCUACGAGGACGUAUUUCUCGAAUUACUCCGACUUCCUGCUUCGGUGCGGCCGUUUUUGAUAGGCUGUGUUGACAAUUAGAGUUUGGCACAUUCCUGCCGGAGCUGGACGUCGUGUGAACGACCACCAACAGUUCGUUUUCUAGGAGGAUAUUUGCGCUUUAUUCGGCUCCUGAGGGGUACAUUUCACGAGCUGCUGGCGUAGCGAGCGGCGUUUCGAAAAUGUUUAAACUUAAGGAUACAUUGUUUAUUGUGUUACCUCGUGGGUUUGGGAUUAAUUAUGCAUAACUAAACUAGUUUAGAAAUAAACGUGGGAUUAAGGUGGACCGAGGCAGUCCCCAACUGGUCAAACAGAAAGCUCAUUUGAAGCCCAUUUUCUGUUUACCUUUAUUUAUUUUGUAUGUAUUUUAAAGUUAAUUUAAGAUGGUUUGAGGUCAGAAUCUGCAUUAAACUGGAGGAUGUGGAACUUGUGGUGGACUUUCACAUUAUUUACUGCUCAUAUGUGAAACUUAUAAGAUCUAAUGUUCAUGAAUGUUUAAUUAUGCCCUAAGCCAAAACUGACUGAAAUGUUUUGAGAUGGCAUCGUUUUUGGUGCUUAAUUUCUAAAUGGCUGAACACAUGAAUGAAAAUUGAAAGGAAACUAUUUUUAGAGUUCAGUAACUGGCACAGGCAGAGAUCUUUGUCCCUUUUAAACAGAUGCUCAUGUCUUGGGAUGGAUUGUUGCUCUCAGGUUUCUUGAUUGUUUCUGAUUCUUUCCGUUAGACUUUUCCACGUCGUGCGUGUGUGCGCACGCCUGCCUGUUAUUGUCACAGUUUGACCCCGGCAGCAUCCCCACACCAGCAGCCUGCACAGCCCCCAUUGACAAAUACCUCGCAGAGGGCAGAUGGAAACGCAGAGCUCAGUACAGUAGAUGCAGAUUUUGGAUGGCAGAUUGAGUUGUGAAUAUCUGCGCUACUUUUAGUCUCUGCACAGCACUCUCAUGUUUCCCUGCAUUUGCCAGACCCCUGUCUGUGUUCCGAUGAACCUGGUGCCAAGGCUUAUGUAUGAGCAGUUCCCACGCUCGCUCUUGGAAAAGGUUCCUGUGCAAUUCGGAAUUAUCCUUGUGAUGGCACACUGAGCUCUGAUUGGAACUCCUUGUGGUAAUUGUGCAAAAAAGGAAGAUGAUUUCAAGUGGAAGAUUGGUGCUGAUUAUCCAAAAUUUGUAAAAGAUGAUUGUGACGCUGCAUUCAAAAGUAGUCAUUCUUUCCACUUCUUCUCUUGUUGUGAUCACGUCUCCAGCUCCUGAUACUCAGCUCUUCUCUUUAAGCCCUCGAGGCCGCUGCUCCAGGCUUUGAUGCCCACACUCUUUGAAGCAGGUGGACAGACGCAGGCAUGAGUAACAGUGGGACCAAAGAGCCGUCUCCUCAGCCAAGCACUACCCAGUCACCCGAUGAGCCUCAGCGCAGGGGCAGGGGUCGACCACGGAAACAGCAACAGGAGCCUGUUGGACCACCCACUCCAAAACGGCCGAGGGGACGACCAAAGGGCAGCAAGAACAAAGGCCCCAAAACUGCACUGAAGAAAAUAGAGCCUGUAGGGGAGAGAAGACCACGAGGGAGACCGAGGAAAUGGCCCCAGAAAGUUGUUCCAGAAGUGACUGAAGAGCAGCAGGGCCCUUCAGAGGAGGCUGAAGAGGGCCCCUCGUCAUCUCAGGUGCCUGAGCAGGAGGAAGGGGAGUAGAUAAGAUACCUCUCUACCUACCUCAAGGUUUGGCCUCAAGCAAACAGGGGUACAGUCUGACUCCUAUCUGUGAUGGGGAUUCAGGAACACACACUCACACACUCUCACACUCACAAAUCAUGGCAGACAGUAGUUUCCUCUCCUCUUCUGAACAGCACCCUGGAUUUUUGUUGCCUUUUAAAGAGUUUCUUUUUUUUUGUGAACAAAUUCUCCUUUAACAGUGAAAUAUUUGAUCUUUUGCUGAGAUAUAGUUCCACAUCUUGAGAAAGGCAUUUGUUGUCUUGCUUCUUGACAAGUUUUAAUUCAAAUACAGACAGAUGACAAAUUUAAAGAAAAAACAACACUAGGUGUCUUUUGGGAGUUUUCCUUUAGCACCCACCCAGUCCUACUCGGCUCUACUCGCCUCGCAAUGAUACAGUUUAAGCAGUUUUCCAUUGCAAACGAGGUCCUAAUAGAAAGCGAUGCUGACUGGCUGUGAAGACACUGAAUGCGACACAAGCACAAACUAACAAUGAAGGACAUUGUGGGGACGAUAUACUGGCCGAACCGAUGCAUUGGAUCGAGGAUUCGGCAUUUUCAACAUCGAUGGUCAAAGAAAUAAUUCAAUCGGAUGUUUUUUGUUGCAUUGUUGUUGAAAUAGUCAGACUCAUCCAGUUAUUUGAAUCCCUGGCCAAUCAGCGGCUGGCCCCUGAUGGAAAUGCAAAAAAAGAAAAAACGAGUGGAGUAGAGCCGAACAGCACUGAGUAGGUACCAGUGGAAAAAUCCACUUUAGUGAGAGGUUAAGCAGCUCUUUGUGCCUUAGAGUGAUGGGCCUCCAGUCCAACACCUCUGCAUUUGAUGGUUCUUAAGUCAUCAAUCCAAAAUCUGUUGAUGUAUUCUGAUGGGUUCCACCAUUUCUCAUUCUGAUCAAACAGUUCAGUAAUCCUUGUGCCUUAUGGAAGUGAGCAUUGUCGACUUAGAAAAAGAAAACUCAUCAGAUUAUAAUUGUCUUCUUGGAAGAUAAGGGUCACUUUUCUUUUAAUCUGUCAUCUGUCUGUAUGUAAGGUAAAUAUUUACUGGAAGCAUCUAAACAGUUCAUUAAAACCC